AUGGGUGAUAAAGGCCGAGACAUGGUGAUGUCGAUGAUUGAGACUGAGAUAUGGAAGAUGUCAGGAUAUGAGAUUGAGACAUGGAUGAUGUCAGAAUCCGAUGCUCGGUGUGCCACCCAGUCCACAGGAACAAUCUUAUCAAAGCUUCUGAUUUUUUUUGGUUCAGAUGAAUUGAACAGAUAUUACCAGUCUAGUUCGGAUUUAAAGAAGGGCAAAAGCUUUCCAAGUCCUUCAGUCUCCCCUGUUCCAAUGGACCCUGAGGCACCUCUCGCCAGCCCAGGAAAGCAGAGGGCCUACGUGACGUUCCUCGCUGGCGACGGAGACUACGUGCUGGGCGUGGUGGGGCUGGCGAAGGGCCUGAGGAAGGUGAGGAGCGCCCACUCGCUGGUGGUGGCCAUGCUGCCCGACGUGCCGGAGCCACACCGCCAGUUGCUCCGAGCGCAGGGUUGCGUCCUCCGUGAGAUCGAGCCCGUGUACCCCCCGGAGAACCAGGUGCAGUUCGCCAUGGCCUACUACGUCAUCAACUACUCCAAGCUGCGCAUCUGGAACUUUGUGGAGUACAGCAAGAUGAUCUAUUUGGACGCAGACAUCCAAGUUUACGACAACAUAGAUCAUCUCUUCGACCUCCCCGACGGCUACUUCUACGCAGCGAUGGACUGCUUCUGCGAGAAGACAUGGAGCCACUCUCGACAGUACUCCAUCGGUUACUGUCAGCAGUGCCCCAACAAGGUCGCAUGGCCUGCAGACAUGGGAUCCCCUCCUCCAUUCUACUUCAAUGCCGGCAUGUUCGUCUCUGAACCAGCUCGAUCGACUUACGAAACACUACUCGAAACUCUCAGGAUAACUCCUCCAACUCCCUUUGCAGAGCAGGACUUCUUAAACAUGUUUUUUGAGAAAAUCUACAAACCAAUUCCACUCGCUUACAAUCUGGUGUUGGCCAUGCUGUGGCGUCACCCUGAGAAUGUCAAGCUUGAGGAUGUCAAAGUAGUUCACUACUGUGCUGCAGGUUCAAAGCCAUGGAGGUACACAGGGAAGGAAGCUAACAUGGAUAGGGAGGACAUCAAGAUGUUGGUAGCAAAAUGGUGGGAUAUCUACAAUGACGAGGGACUUGAUUUUAAAGCAGAAGAUGUUGCCGCAGGAGGAGAGAGCUAUUUGAAGACUUUCUCCAUCAAGUCGGUCACGUCAGAAAACAAAGUAAACUACAUCUCUACGCCCUCUGCUGCCUAGUUACCACAAGAGAAAGGAGGGAAACACAAAAAAGAUAUACUAUUUUAAUUAACUAUUGUAGCAUGCAUUUGGCCUUCUACUCUGUUCUAGUAGAUGUUAAGUAGCCUUCAUCGCUCAAUUCCUGGGGAUCCUAGUGUUUUGGCUGUUUUUGAUACCUUCAAAUAUUGAGGAUGCUGAUUGCUCAGCUUGUACCAAGCUUUGGAUUCCCUGUCAAUCACUAGCUUAUAUAAUUGGAAUUUGUGUCGUUGCGGAAA